AUGCAGCACAAAUCAGUCAUUAUACUUGGAGGCGGCAUGUCCGGUAUCAAAACCGCCAUCGACUUAUACGCAGGCGGGGUCAAGGACACCAUGAUCUUGGAAGCAAGAUCAAGACUUGGCGGUAGAGUCUUGACGAUGGAAUCGGAGAGUUUCGCCGGAGCGCGCUACGAUAUUGGCGCGAGCUGGUUUCAUGACGGAUUGAGAAACCCGCUAUUUGAUAAGGCCUUGGCGAGCGGCGAUAUUGAAUACUAUUAUGACGAUGGCAAGUACCGGUUCUUGAGUCAACUGGACGCUGUGGUUGAAACGUGGAAAUUUGAAGCUGUUGUCCUGGAGUUUCAAACUUACUCCGCGUUGCAGUAUUUGGAAAAUCCCCAUAAGCCAGAUGUCUCGAUCAAGGAAGCCUGCAUGGAGUAUCUUGACAAGUUCAAGGACAAGUUGAAUGACCACCAGCGGGAAUACUGUCCCGGAGUCAUCCGGAUGUGGGCCGAGUUGUGGCUUGGCGAGAGCUGGGACAAGUUGUCUGCCAAGUAUGCAAACACCGAGCGCCACUUGGGGAGAAACAUCCUUGUUAAGAGUGGGUACACCAAGGUGUUGAAUAACGAGUUGAAGGAGUUGCCCCAGAGCUACAGAGACACGCAGAUCAAGCUCGAUUCGCAAGUUGUCAAAAUCGACUACUCUGGCAAACACAUUGUGGUGUAUGUGAAAGAUGGCAGUCGGUACAGCUGCGAUUACUUGGUGGUGACUAUCCCGCAGUCGAUUCUCAAAAUCAGUGACAAGCACGACGCAGGCUGUAUCCAAUGGGAACCCGAGCUUCCUCAGCCUAUCCAAAAGCUGAUUGAAGAUGUCAAUUUUGGAUCUCUUGGGAAAUUCAUCAUGGAGUUCGACGAGUGUUUUUGGCCGCACGACGUGGAUAGGUUUUACGCGUUGACCAACAAAGACGCGCAAAACCCAACGCAACGUGUCCAAGCAUGGGAUUUCCCUUCUUUGCUCGUCAAUUACCAAUCUGUGCGUGGUGUUCCUGCAUUAGUUGCACUCACGCAAAAGCCGCUCUCGAAAUACAUCGAAGAGCAAUUUGCCGCGGGCAAGCAAAUGCAAGUCUGGCACGAUAUCUACAAGCCGCUCAUGGCUCAAAUUGCCGGCAUCUCUGCCGAGACCGACAUUCCUGAACCCAAGAAUGUUUAUUGCUCGCAUUGGAACGAGGAGUUUUUCAGUCGAGGUGCCUAUGGCGUCAGCUUCGUCGGCACGGCCGAUCCGUUAAAUACUAUUCGUGCAUUCGCCAAGGGUUGCCAUGGCGGCAAGAUCAGGUUUGCUGGUGCCGAGACGAUGGAUAAUACUUCGAGUGGGUGCGUGCAUGGUGCUUGGUUUAGCGGACAGAGAGAAGCUAGGGCCAUUUUAGACCAGAUUUCGGCACAGAAUAUACAAGGCAAGGGAAAGCUUUGA